UACAAACCACAUACUCUCAGAUGUACAAACCACAUACUCUCACCGGUACAAACCACAUACUCUCACCAGUACAAACCACAUACUCUCACCAGUACAAACCACAUACUCUCACCAGUACAAACCACAUACUCUCACCCGUACAAAUCACAUACUGUCACCUGUACAAACCACAUACUCUCACCAGUACAAACCACAUACUCUCACCGGUACAAACCACAUGCUCUCACAUGUACAAACCACAUACUCUCACCAGUACAAACCACAUACUCUCACCAGUACAAACCACAUACUCUCACCAGUACAAACCACAUACUCUCACCA